ACAACAACCUGGAUAUUGCCUUGUUCAAUCUCAACACCCAAGCGGCGUAAUUUCUCUUGCAGACGAUUUACACGUUUCGACUUUGAGCCAGUUCAACCGCCUUUUAGAAUUGUGAAUUCUACCUUCGUGGAACUGUACCGAGAGACCGGCACUGCCCAUCAUGUCGCAGGAUACUGGUCUGUGGAGCGUCCGCAGGCCAAGGGAGACUCUUGGGGGCAUCAGCCUCAACACGAGUAUCCCUCAGCCAGCUUCAGCAAUGAAGCGACCCAACUCAACCGCCGGCAACAAUCAUGUCCGGUCUAUGUCAGGCUCCAGGCAAUCGCUCGCCAUGUCGCGACCGAGCCAGCCAAUCUUCCAGCGCAGCUCGUCGGGAACCAAUCUCGCAGAUAUUGGGUUGUCUUCGGUCAAGCGCUCUUCCUUCCAGAACAACAACACGAACUCGCUCAAGCCUUACACGCCCGGCAGCGUUCCCGGACGGGCGUCGACAGAUGGGGACCGACGGAGUAGCGUCUACCGCUCGCGUUCGUUGACCGCCGGCCCGGUGGGUGGGCAUCAGAGCUUCUUCCAGCAGGCGCCACAACCCGCCGGCGUGCCACGCGACCCACGCCCCCUAAAGGAUCGAUCAUACCAGACCAGGAUCGGCCAGGAACUCCUUGAGUACCUAGCGCAGCACAACUUUGAGAUGGAGAUGAAGCAUAUGCUCUCGCAGAAUAUCAUCAAGUCGCCGACGCAAAAGGACUUCAACUACAUGUUCCAGUGGCUCUACCACCGCAUCGAUCCGAGCUAUCGCUUCCAGAAGAACAUCGACCAGGAGGUGCCGCCUCUGUUGAAGCAGCUCCGGUAUCCGUACGAGAAAAGCAUCACCAAGAGCCAGAUCGCAGCUGUCGGAGGUCAGAACUGGAGCACCUUCUUGGGACUCCUGCACUGGAUGAUGCAACUGGCGCAGAUGUUGGAGCGAUACCAGCACAACCACUAUGACGACGCUUGCAUAGAGGCGGGCAUUGAUGUUACGGGCGACCACAUCAUCUUCGAUUUUCUCAGCACGGCGUACAGAGACUGGCUUGCAAUGGAGGAGGACGCGACGGAUGAGGACGCAGAACGCGCCCUGGGGCCACACGUCGAGAACAUGGCCAAGGCGUUUGAGCAAUCAAAUUCCAAGUACCAGCAAGAGCUCGAGAUCCUAGAAGCUGAGAACAGCAGGCUGCUGAAGGAGAUCCAUGACCUCGAGAAGUCGACGCCGGACCCCGCGGUCCUCGACAACCACUUCAAGAUUAUGGAAGAGGAUAAGGUGAAGUUUGAGGAGUACAAUGCACUCGCCAUGCAACGCUCCGAGAAAUACGAGAACCGGAUCCAAGUGCUGCAGGAGGAACUGGACAAGCUGCUGGUUGAGCUCAAAGAGGCCGAGGACGAGCGCAGGAGCCUGCAGCGGGCCGUUGACGACCAAGGAAUCAGCAUGCAGGAUAUUGACCGGAUGACUUCUGAAAGAGAGCGACUUCAGAAGGGUAUCGAGUCCGCAGCCCAGCGCCUCGAGGAGACCAAGAAGAAGGUAGCCGACAAGGAGAUGGAAGCCAGCCGCAAACUCGACGAACUGGAGCGCCUAGCCGAUAAGUACAAUACUGUGGCAUACCAGAUCGGUCUGAUUCCCGGCACCGCGACCAAUGCCAAAGGGAAGGAUUACGAACUGCAAGUGGUAGUCGGUGGAGGAUCCAACUUCACGUCAUCCCAGUUGCAAGGAUCCUACGGCAAUGGAGGGGUCGAGAACGACAGACUUCUUGUUGAUCCGAUCACGGGCUACCAGCCAGCACACAUUCUCAACCUUGAUCUCCGGGGCCAGGUUAAGAACGCUUUCCUGACUCUCAGGAAAGAGGUCUCGGAGCGGAGGAAGGUCGCCAUGGAUAUGAUGAUGGAGGACCACGAUCUGCUUGACCGUGCUAAGGAGGCGAUCGAGGAUAAGCGAAACGAGGUUGAAGCUCUGGAGCACCGUGUGCGUGCAGCCGAAGAGGAGUACGAGAAGACGAAAGAGGUCACCACCGCACAGAAGAUGGCAUCAGAUGCGCAGAUCGAGAAGAUGGAAAAGGAGCUUGCCAAGAUGCGCGCCCAGCUCACCGAGUCGGUACAGCUGAUGGAGCAGCGGGAGAUGAACAUCAACAUUGAACAUGAGCAACUGACGCUCCGCUCGAGCGCUCUCCGAGAGGAGCUUCACACGGAACUCGUGCGCAUGAUUAACGACGUGAUCAAGUUCAAGAUGCACGUCCAGAAGAGCCUAGAGGAGUACGAGUUCUUCGUCGCCGACGAGCUGGAGAAGGAGUUGGGGAGCGAUGAGAUGAGAGACGAGACCCGUGCAGUUGAGCUGUAAAUGUCAUUUGUAAUGAGCCACGAUUAUUGUUAACAUGCUGUUUCCGCCCUUUGCACCUACAAUAUUUACUCUAUACCCACUUCAUCCAUGUAGGACAAUUGACACCCGACUUUGUGAGAGUUUUGGAAGUAACUUUCUUCUGCUCAGUCGUUUGGGUGUUGGACGAAGGUUGAACCCAAAGCAACGGCGG